AUGUAUGAAUUUUGGAAGAAGGAAAAUGAAGAUGAAAAGAAUACACAGCCAUCGUCAUCUUCUGCUGCUGCUUCUAAGUGGAUGGGAAAUGUUGGAGCAAAUUUGGGUGGAUAUAUUAAUCAGGUGAAGGAAAGUGUUGUCUCUGCUGGUGAAACAAUCUCAAACAUUAAUAUUCUUCAGUAUUUUAAUAAUUUGAUUGCCUAUUUGAAGGAGAUUAACAUUGAAAAAUUGGAAAAGGAAGCAGAGGAAAAGGCCCUUGUAGUAUAUCAGAAACAAACGGAUAAAUGUGAAACUGAACAAGAGAAAACGAAUCAAGAAACUCAAAAUAAGUUUUUAAAAUCCUUCCAAGAUUUAUUUCAGAGUCAAGAUCAUCCAAUACAUCAAAUGAAAAUAGAGAAAUCAGGGUUAUCGAAAAUAUUGAAUAUGGUUCCAUUCAUUUCUUAUGUAGAAACCAUGUUUAAAUAUGUAAUUUAUCAAUCAAUGAACAUAAUAUUUGAGGCUAUCAGAUAUAGCAAUUUAUUGAGCCAAGAGCAAAAGGAUCAACUUGUGGAAGAUGUCUCUAAAAUUGUAAUUAAGAAUAGUUUGGAUCCAAUGUCUUUGGCUGUUGAAUUGGUAGAAUUUACUAGUUUGAGAUUGGGAGCAGAUCCAAAGGUCGCAAGUCAACUCUCUCAUGUAACAAAAUUAUUACCUUAUUUGAAAAAUGUUGCUGGGUUUGUCAAGAAAUUCAAGUAA